CCUCAACGGUGCGAGUACAUAUAAUCCAUUCAUAUCAAUACACAAAUACAUCAAACAUGCCUACAAUCCUAGAAUUUCGAUUUCCAUUUCAGAUCCCAAUCAGGCGAGACCCAUUUGCCAAUGAAGCCUGCAAUCACUUCGUCAAAACUUCACUGUUGAUUUCUAUGUUAUUCGCUGUUGUUCUUCCAGGAUUUUGAAUCUGCCCGCUUUUUUCUGUGUUAACUGUUCUUCUUCGGAGAUUUUGGCAGUACGGGGAUAACUGUAAGUACUUUCAUCCUAAGAACAAUAUGCAGAACCCACAUCUUCAAGCUGCACCAGAUGUGAUGAAAACUACUGUGGAAACCUCAUGGGGCAAUUUAAUCCCAACCAAGCCUCCUCCAGAGGGUGGACACCCACCCCAUCCCUUUGUGGACUGCCAGGACUGGGGAUAGGCACACGUAGUUAACAAUCACCGUUAAUACUAGGCAUUUUCUGGAUGAAAUGAUGUGUUGAUUCUCUUACGGUUCAAGAGCAUGGCGUUUGUUGAUAGCUUGUGUACUCUGCAGAUUUGGAUUCAGCCUAAGGCGACAGAGACCGAUGUUUGAGUCUAAGAGAGAUUCAUCAUUUCAAGACAUUCUCAGGCACCAGGGGAAGCCUUCAGAAAUACACCAGACAUUACAUAAGAUUCAGGAGGCAGAAGUGCAAUUUUUCCAUUCAUAAUACAUGUAUACGUUUAUU